AGUUUCAGUGCAGACAAGAUGAAAUGAGCUUGUCAAGUUUAUUAGUGAUCCUUCGAAAAGGCUAAAGAAAUGGAAGUGUAAGAGAAAAAUCAGUAGUUUUGCUAGGAUUGAUUGAAGCUUCCAACGUUUCGUUUCAUGUGGUAUAUAUACCAGACCAAAAAGCAUUUUUUUGUGUUAUCCAUUUUUUUUAGACUUAAUGAGAAAGCUGCUAUGUUGAGUAAUUAUGAGGUGUUCCAGUUGUUACAGGAAACAGAAAAUCAAACUAAAGGGGGCAAUCCAAAGAAGAGGCAGGCAAAACACCUUGUCAACUUGUCGACAAUAUGCUAUGAGGUUAGUUUGAGCCGGGAAGUCCAAGAUGUGCCUCCUAAAGUGAUAGUGAGAAGGGUAGUGGAAAGUUUAGCCAAAAAACGGAGAAUAAGGUAAACUGGUUAUCACCCCUCCCCAAUUACCACACCCCCAAAAAUAAUCCUUAGUAAUGAGUAAUGAAGGGGAAGGGUGAGGGGGGUGGGGGGGGGGGGGUUCCCUUGUGUAUAGGUUAGGGUUGUCAGAAAGGUUUGAAAUUGACAGCUGAGUUGUCAAAGUAAGUGGCCAGUCCAGGGAUAUUUUAUUUAAAAAAUGCCAUCUAUAAAGAAAUGCCAGGCAGAAUAGCCGGCUGAUACUAACCAAGUAGGCAGUGAUUUUUGCGGGUAGCCGGCCACUUUUGACAACCCUGAUAGGUGUGUGUCACUAUAAAGCAUGAUGAUAUUUAAGUGUAAAGAAGGGCUAUGGAAUGGAAGUACCGGUCUUUUGUGCAUCCUGACCUAUGAUGCAGUGUUGCAGUCACCCAGCUUAUUACCUGGAAAGCUAAUAAAAUAUAUAAAAACAUCAUUUGCAUUUUACAUGUGCAUGCAUUUGUACUUAAUUGCAAAUGCACGAUUGCAAGAACACCAACUUCUUAGGCUUAUUUUAUGCUAUAGGAGAUUUUUGGGUUGCAGUAUGUUUCCUGAUUUAUAACAUUCGGAUUUGCAGUUGUUUACACACAACAAUAUUAAUCCAAGAACAUUCAUUCAGAUGCAAAGUAUUCACACUACAUUUGGUAUUUAAAAGUUCUGGAGACAUGAUCAAACCAGCUUUUGGUCAAGCAUAUGAGUGUGGAUGGCAGAACAGAUCUGACAUUAAAAUGUUUUAGUUUCCUACCCUAAUAUCUCAGCUAGCCUGGGAGGCUGAGAGUUGAUUCUCUAUAACAGUUACUUCUGUGAACUAAAUAACUGUCAAGUGGCAAAAUUAUUGAUAUACUGGCUAUUCAAAAAUAAAAUAUUAAUAUAUGAGCAGGACUGUCAUUAAUUUUUAGAGCAGCCAUAGCAAAUAAAGAUUCACCCAUAACAUCUCCCUAAAACUUUAUAGUGUCACCUUUAGCUUUCCACUUUGAUCACCCAUAAAAACAAGUAAGCUCAGCUGUAACAGGUGUUAUGGGUUAUGGGUUAUGGUUAUGGGUUUCAGCAAGACCUGAAAAAUGGCCUUAGCCAUGGAGAGAUUCCUUCCCUGGAAAUGUCCAAUUUAAUCUAAGAGUGCUAUACUAAACCAGACAUCUUUGUUUCAUCCUCCUUUAUCUGCAACUUUUGCUAGUGAUGUUUGCUGACUAAGGUCCUCUUUCCUUUCUUUCACAGGCUCGAAAGCAUUUAGAAAAGACUCCUUGCAAGAGUCAGGUGUGAGACAAAGCUUGAAUACUUUCUGGAUAGUUUGUAACUUGGAAGAUAAACAUUACUUUUAGGGAUUAUAUAUUGUAUUAAGUUUUCCUUGACUUCUUCCUCAGAGUCCAGAGAUAAUUGAAGACUUUCUGAAAGCCAUGGAGCCAUUUAAAUUAACAAAGUUUGUAUAAAUCUUUGUCAAAUAUCCACUGAUGUGUGUUUUAUUAUCCCUUAAAACCACCAAGAUGUUCUAUGAAAUAUUGCCAAAGGUGUCAUAUAUAUCUUUGAUAUAUUUAGUUGUUUCCUAUGAUAUUCGAUAAAAAUAUAAACAACUGGGCCCAGUUGUUCAAAGGCGGAUUGGCGUUAACCUGAGGUUAAAUUUUAAUCUGGGUUUCUUUUUCUUUUAUUCAAAAGUGAUUUCUUGGAUAAUCUUCUCUAUUCUUUUAAGAUCAUCCUAUCAUUAUAUUGUAGACAAAAAGAAUUAAACUGAAUUUUCUUUAAGCUUUCAAAUCUGAAUUCAAAUUUCGCACUAACCCUGGGUUAUCUUAACCCAGCUUUGAACAACUCAGCCCUGGACAAAAUAGUUCAGUCCACUGCGUAGUAAUGUACAAUACCACCACAUCUAAAACUUUCUUCCCUGAGGACUACUACUUAAUAGACAGGUAUUAGCCAGCUACUUUUCAUUAUUAGACAACAAUAAUUUAUUAAAGAAGCCAUUGCAAUGGGUGAUAUAAGUUGGGAAGUUUGGGCAACAGCAUCUUGGGAAUGAGAAUGAUGUAAUCAGGCGUGGAUCUAGGAUAAAUUCUGAUCAAUUCUCUAAAUGAGCGCUGAAGGUGCAAGCUUCUAGGGGGGUCCGGGAGGGUCCCUAGAGUACCCUUUACUGGGUUUCUGAGUCAUUCAGACAGGAUAUUGGCCAGUUCCAUUCUCCUUGGAUGAAACCUCGUCCAAACCGUUUUCCAGAUGUAAACAUGGCAAGUUUUUUUUAUUAAAAAAUAUAUCAAUCAUGAAAAAUUGGACCGAUUUCUGCAAAAUGUUGGAAACAGGUGUGCAGGAGCCGUGCCUGGUAAUCUUGCGCGGGAGAGGUCACUCUCUUAUAUUUUAGAAUUGUGUGAAGCUAAUAUUUCUGAUUUUGUCACCUUUAGUAAGAUUUUUGUUUUCAGUCAAUUUACAGUCACUGUCUUUCAGUUGUUUGAGUCUGCAGUCUACAAAAUAUGGCAUUUAAUGUCAUACUCCAAAUUUCUUGGGCUUUGAAAAUUUUAUUUGAAAUCCCUUUUAUUCUGUUUUUAACAGAGCUGAGAAGCUUCAGCUGUUGAACUUGAGGCCAACUACACCAGUGGAAAUCCAGCUGGUAAUUUGUUAGCAUGUUUGUGUUUCUUUAUGACUUUUUUAAGUGACUGAGACUUUAUUGGCUUCUAGGCUGUCUUUCCUCCCUUUUAUGUUUUAUAAAGUGGACUUAAAUAAUUUGUGAGUGUUUUAAAAAUGUUGCUUGAUUAUUAUUUGUUAGAUUAUCGAAGACAGUGAAGAGCGUCUGAAGACUGAUCAAGAAAUUGAGGAACUUUUGAAUGUAAUUGCAACAAAGCUUCCUGACAUUCAUGAAGAAACAAUGAACAAUAAACAUGAUGAUGAAGAUGAAAUGUCAUCAUAAAUGUACAAACAAAUGUAUUAAUAAUACUGAUAUAAAUCUCAAUAUGGGUAUCAUUUUAAACAUAUGUAAAGACUGUAAACGUUACUUUUCUUUGACUUGUUGUUAUUGUCUCGGGCCAGUGUAGACUUAUUUUAAAUGCGGCUUAAUUGACAAUAAUUUUCAUCAAUUAAGACACCAAGGGCAUAAGUCACAUUGUCACCUAGUUAGCUCACAAACAUACUGGAAAAUGAGAUCUCCAGAAAAAGCUGGAACUUUCCUCAAACCAUAACCAGAAAUUAUUGAAUUAUUUAUACCAACCAUAUAGAAUUAUUUGUGAACCUCAAAUAGAGUUAUGUGUUAAAUACUGGUUGGACCACUGCCAUAAUGUUUUUUAAGGUAACAAAUGCCCCUUUCAAAAGCUUUAGAGAAUCUAUAUUUUCUUUGGACGAGAUACAAAUAGAACUUGCAAGGGUAAAAUUUUAAACAAAAUUUAUUAUCAUAUGUGCGGU